AUGUCUUCAGGUGGGAGGAAGUCCUAUACAGCCGAAUUUGAACUGAAAGCAGUAGAUUAUGCUGCCGAGAAUGGAACCGGCCAGGCUUCCCAAAAAUUUGGUGUCGAUCGCAGAAUGAUACAAAGAUGGCGAAGACCCCCACCAAAAUGGCCAGCAUUGGAAGAAGAGCUGAGUGACUGGAUUAUCGAGCAACGUGAACGAGGAAGGCGAGUUACAACCGUAAGAUUGAGGGCCAAAGCUAUUGAGGCAGCACAAAGGCUUGGAUACGAAGACUUCACUGGUGGUGCUCACUGGUGCCAUAGUUUCAUGAAAAGAAAGGGAUUCUCCGUCAGACAGCGCACCAGCGUUGGCCAGCCACUCCCUCCAGAUGCCGAAGCCAAGAUGGCUAACUUCAGAAAGUUCGUGAUGGACAACACGAUGAAUGUGAAUCCAGCAAACUUAGGAAACUUUGAUGAGGUACCCGUUCCCUACGAUGUAGCCGGCAACAGAACAGUCGAAAUAACAGGCAAGGAUGACGUGGCGAUCACUACAACGGGUCAUGAGAAGAAAAAUUUGACAGUUGUACUGGCUGUCACUGCUGACGGUAACAAGCUCAAACCAAUGCUGAUUUUCAAAAGGCUUACGAUGCCAAAAGUGAGAUUUCCAGAGGGUGUUGUCAUCAAAGUGAACCAGAAAGGGUGGAUGACAGAAGCGAUUAUGAAGGACUGGAUCAGAGAGUGCUGGCUGACAAGGCCCAAUGCGGCGCAAGAACCUAGCCGCUCAAUGCUCAUUUUCGACUCCGCUAGAUCUCACCUGUCCGACGAAGUCAAAACUGAGAUUGAAAGCGUUUCCAAGAUCGCGGUUAUCCCAGGAGGCUUGACAAAAUUUCUGCAACCACUGGAUGUAGCUGUCAACAAACCUUUCAAGGACAAUCUGAGGAAGCAUUGGGACGCUUGGAUGGCUGACAGUAAUCAGAUGGAGUUGACUAGAGGAGGGAGAAGAAAGCCGCCGCGGUUGGAGUUGAUUGCCGAAUGGGUGCUCCAGAGUUUCCGAGAUGUCAGCGUUGAUUCCAUCCUCAAUGGAUCCAACGAAGCCUUGACAAUAGAUCCCGACAUAGAUGAUCUCGAUAAUAGCUUCUCGUCAAUGCAUCUUGAUGAUAGUGAGAGUGCUUAG